AUGUCUCAGCUUCCCAACGAGAUUUUGGACAAGAUUUGGCGCGAGCUCUGCGAGAUCGGCUUCGAGCCCCGAAUUCUCGAGGCGAAAUGGACCGACGUGGGCAACAUGAGACUGCCUGCUUUCUACGGCGCUCAGCCGCAGGCCUUCCUGACCCAGCUCUGCCACACGAUUGACCUUAGGUCAUUCGUCCGUGCCAAUGGGCCAUGA